AGGAGAGGAAGCAAGCUUGAGAGAUACACACCAUAACUGAUUGCCCUGUACAGGCAGAUGAAUGGCCAAGAGAGCAGAGAUCCUCAGGAUUUAUGACCUUCAGGAACAACACGAGGUACACAUGAGAUGUCAUCCGACCCUCCAUGGCCUCCCAGUGAACCUCUUCAAAACCUGCACUGUCCUGCGACCGCCUCAUCUCCUCCACCAGAGCGCGAGGAUCAGACAGAGGGGAGUGUAGGAGGGAGGGAGAACAACAGCAGCAUCACUGUCAGCCGUCUCCCUCGCUGGGGGAGAGAGGGAGAAAAAGAGAGAGGUGGGGAGAGAAGAAGUGGAGAGAGUGACGAGAAAAGAGGAGAGAGUGAGAAAAAGAAGUUUUCAGUUGGAGGGAGGACAAGCAAGAGAGAGUUUGGAGUGAGAGCGUGGUGGGUGGUAGUGGGGGUAUUGAGAGCUUCAUAUUCCCUUUUCUUUAAUCAGCUGCGAGCACCACUUGCCUUCUCUUUUUCUCCUUCUCCCCUCCUUCUCCUCCUCCUCCUCCUCCUCUUCUUCCUCCACUCUGCCCCUCUUCUCGUCCCUACUCUCCACGCCCAGCUCCCGCCGUGGGGUCUCAGCUCUCCAUCUCCCUCCCCCCCUCCCUCGCUCCCUACCUCCCCCGGGCCCUGCUGGGCGCCUCCGGGCUGCUCCGCCGCAGGAGGAUGUCUCGCAGGGAGUCUCCGCCGCCGCCCUCAUCACCUACACCUCCACAGCUGCUGGGAGGGCGGAGAGGAGAAGUGGAUUGCGCGGAUCGUCCGGAGCGCGCCGAGCCGCUGUCGGACGCUGAGAGGGAGAUAAUCCAGGACACGUGGGGACACGUCUACAAGAACUGUGAGGACGUGGGGGUAUCCGUGCUCAUAAGAUUCUUUGUCAACUUCCCAUCUGCCAAGCAGUACUUCAGCCAGUUCCAGCACAUGGAGGACCCCGAGGAGAUGGAGCGAAGCAGCCAACUUCGGCACCAUGCCCGCAGGGUGAUGAAUGCUAUCAAUACUGUGGUGGAGAACCUCCAUGACCCGGAGAAGGUAUCGUCAGUGCUGGCCCUGGUGGGAAAGGCUCAUGCUAUCAAACACAAGGUGGAACCCAUGUACUUCAAGAUCCUGAGUGGCGUGAUGCUAGAGGUGUUGUCUGAAGAUUUCCCAGAGUUCUUCCCAGCAGAGGUGCAGAUGGUGUGGACCAAACUGAUGGGAGCAGUGUACUGGCAUGUGACAGGGGCCUAUACAGAGGUGGGCUGGCUCCAGGUCUCCAGCUCAGCGGUGUGAAGCGAAGAAGAGGGGUUCAGGAGUUUUCUGUGAGGAUGGUUUUUACAGAUAUGGAUAAGAUUAACGUGGUAAUUCGUGCAACUCUGUACUUUAUUUUGGUGCUGUGGUGUUUGUACAUCGCGCCAUCCAGAGAUCACUUGGACACCAAACAAUGUAGCCAGACAACAUUUUACUUUUCUCCUAAUGACGUUCUAGCUUUAUUGAAGAGGUGCUUUGGUCUGUGUGUUUAGCCACAGAGGCUAUCACUGCUAAUGCUAACUAUCCAGUUCUUCUACUGUUUUUUUCCAAACAAACUGCUGUUAGUGCCAGAAGCAUACAACACAUCACUUCCUGUUUGGCAUGGGACUGUCCCCUUUACUGAGCUACCAAGUGUUUAGCCAAGAAUAUUAAUAAACUGAUAGAUUGAUUUACUGGUCUGUUACAUACAUUGACAACUGACCCUUUGCUAAACCCUGUCUGACAUAGUUACUGCUGCUAGGCCUGUUAAGCUUUCCAAUCUAGCACGCUACAUAUGCAGUUUACAAUAAUAAUGGCGACAGAUUAACCUCUCAAACUUCUUAGUAGUCUUAGAAAUAAUGGUCCCUUGAUUUCAGACAAAGGUAGGCUUCUUAUUUCCAACUGAACGCUGUUAAUUUUGCCACCCGUAAUAACAACGGUUGCUAGCAGAUUUAAUCCACUAUCGCUACCUACAGUAGCCAAUUAAUGUUAGCUAGGUAAGUUAUUUGAUAAUGCUGUCUCAAACCAAUUUGUUUUAACAAAAACCCAGUAAAACAAUCAUAAACAUGCACUUGAAGACUAGCUACAUGAGCUGAUGCUAAAAGGCUAAAGCUACAUGUCCAAGUAAAGACAGUACUAGUUGAUGAUACAUGUAGAACUAAUGGAAACAAAGGACCAGUUUUGCGUGUAGUUAGUAUCAUCUAGUAUUAUGGUGCAAUAUGAUAAGUAAGAAUGUGAAAAGAGUUUAAGGGAAAUGAAAGAGCAUCAUAGUAUCCCUCUGGACUGGCUCCACUGUGGGGUAGGCUACCACUACACAGUGGAUGUGUCGGUCCUGAACGGGGCUUGUUCAAAACCUCUAAACCUACAAAUUAAUGUAGUUAGUUAUUAAUAUCCUCCAGGAUCUUCUAAGUAAUGCUGGGUUAAGUUACUACCGUAUGUGGUGUGCUAGUUAGAACGACAUGCAAACAUUUGCUGCUCAGGUUAGUGCAGACUAACAAACUAAUAAUAUACUGGUAUUGUAUUUUGAAUUUUGGAGAGGUGAUAAGAAAAAACACACACCACCCUUCAAACUCUUGAAUACCAUUUAUUGCUCUAGUCAGUCUCAUGUGGAGAAAUCCAAAGCUUGACAGGCCUGCUGUGCCUAGUUUCAGAUAAUCUAAUGUUAUGUUGGCUGUUCAGGGGACUGUUUGGUGAAUGGUCAGCUGGGCAUGGCAGACACAGACAUUUAUUAUACAAAAACGUUGCGGAUUAUUACUUAACAGAGUUCAUUUCUGUGGAAACCUGCAGUGACAGAAGCAUCUUUCGGCUAAACCGCACACAUGAAUACACCUCAUGAUAUUUUGAAAGAGAAAUUGAAAGAAAUGUUUAGACAAGAAGUGAUAUUUAAGCUCUGAGAGGGGGGCAGGUAGACGCCCCGGCAAUGGGACCAUGGAGCUACUGACUGUUAAUAGAUUCUCUUUGUGUCCUACUGCAGUAUAUCCUCAUGUUUAGGGGACCUGAGCCCCUUUCUCACUCUAUUGAUGCAUUGUGUGCUCUUAAUGUCUUGUUUAACUUUACACAGGUGUUGUUUGUAUAAGUGUACAGUGGGCAAGUGUGCAUACUCUUCUGCCUUUGUUUACAACUCAUUGACACGUUGAUCUGUUGACAUGUUAAAGAGGGCUGUUUAUUCUUUGCUAAAAGUCUUGGACUAGCAGCAGUGCUUUACGUUUUUAUUUGCCUAUCAUUACACAAACGCUUACAACAUUGUGAAAGUGAGAUGGAAAAUAUCAGCAGGUGGACACAAUCAGCAACCACACAUGUAUACAUUCACAUGCAUGCUAUAAGACCUCCCAUAUGCUAGUAUUUACAGCACUGUCAGUUUGUUUACUUCUUCAAAACCCCAUCAGCGAGACGUGCUGCAUUAAAGCUCCAUUAAGGGCUUUAUAGAGUCACUCUGGAGGUCUGCAGAAAACAUGUCAGCUUUAGAAGUGCCAUCAGGCUGUUUCUUUAGAUUUCUAACAUCUAAAGGAUACCCAAAUACAUACAAAUACAUGAAAUGCAGUUGUACUGCCUUUGCUCUAACACAAUGGAUGGAAUUUUUUCAUGUUUGAGGUGGAUGCUUAACGUCAAUUUUUCCUCACAGUUUCUCUCUAAACUCAUGCAGACGUCAUCUUCAAUUAUCUGCACCUCCACAAACAUGCAGCAUACUGUCAAACAAACUUUCUUUAACUUACUUAACCUCAUCUUAUUUGGAUUGCACGCAGUCCCCAUCUGUGAGCCCCUUUCUAGUCAAUUUCCCAAACAUAUACGCAAAUCUGUUUAGGAUGGACAUUUGAUUCAAUCUUCAGUUUGCAUCUGCUCCUGUGACGUCCUAGUUCUCCCAUCUGACCCCCCUUGGCAUCGGCAUCUGGCAUUAAUGAGGAAGUAAUGAGUCUCCUCUCCUCCUCAUUUGGUCAUUCAUCUACUGUAACUUCCCACUGCCUCCGUUAGGGCCGUGUCACUGAGAUCAAAAACAAUUAUGAUUGGACAGAUGGUUGUAAACCUACCACACCGUGUCAGCCAGUCACAACAACGCUUUUUAAAAAUGUCUUUCAUACACAUUUAGGAAAAUUUGUUUAGCACAGUUACAUUCAAGAAUAAAUACCUCAAAUAAAACAUGUAUAUAGUGUAUGCUUGAAGUGAUUUCCUGAAGGUAUUAAUUACACAUUACGCCUUGACCUAGACCAGUGGUCUCCAAACUUCCUUCCUACCCCCCAACAUGAAUUGAAUUUGUAUCGAACAGGAAGAAUAUUGGAGAAACUAUUCUAAGUAUUACUAGCAAGAACGAGAACUGCAUGUUUUUCAUUAGUUUCUGCUGUGCAAAUGAAAAUUGUAAGUUAAAUUUUGCUCAAAUGGCCAGAGUUUAUGCAUGUGCAUAAAUAAAACAUAAUGCUCAUUAAUUUAACUAGUGAUCUUGAGGUAACAAUAGUACUUGGCUUCAGUAUCUGUAAAAGCCUGUCAUUUACAUCCAACUUGCUCAGACUAUGUUUACUAAGAGCUCCCAUUAAACGAGUUCCUUUUUAAGUUGAACUGGAGAGUCGUAAGCCUACAAUAUGCCUCACAAGUUAGACAAGUGUAUAAAAAUACACACAGGGGUCAAACAAACCUCAAGGUAAACUAUUUCCACUUUGGCUCAAACAGCUUUGGAGGCAGUAAAGCUGUUUUCAGCCCAUAAAAGAUCCGUUUCAAAGUACACACCAGUCCUAUUCUUUGCCUGACUUCUGACGUCAGCGUCCCUCUGAGGUCAGACCUCAAACAGCUCGAGGUUCAGAAAUAUUUUCAAGCACAAUUCCCCCAACAUUUUGUAUAUUAAACACUUUGUGGUAUGAGACCCAUCUGCAAACACACACGAUGGAGACGUACUGUUGCUCUUCCUAAGCUGCAUGUUUUGUGUUCAUCUUCCUCUAUAUGCAGCAUGUUCCUCGUCACACAGUUAUGUACAUCCAAAUGAUGCUCACUCACUUUCUUUAUCACACACUCUCACAAAUGCACACACACACGGUUGCAUUAAAUUAGAAGAUUCAGGCAUGUCCUCGCAUGCCAAGUGUACUACAGCAGGACUUAAUCGGAUAUGUUUUGUCGAUCAUUCUAAGCUGAAUAUUAGACAUUAAUUCAUUUCACGCAUUUAUUCUCUUUCAGCAAAUAAGGGCAUCACAGUAUAUGUGGAACUGUGUGUUUUUGUUGUGAAAUGUUUCUGUCUAUCAGUUGAAAAGUUAGGACUUUAUAUUUUUCUAAAUAUAUCCAUGAGAAGGAUUCUGUGUAUUUGAAUACUGUAUAUGAAUAUGUCAUUGUAUACUGCGUUGUUGGUGGGAGCGAGUGCAGUGGCUUUGUAGUGUUUUGAGCAUGUUUGCACAGCCUACCACAGACUUGUACCAUUGCAGAUCUAGUGAAAAUGAAUCAUGACCAUCAAUAAAAUAUAAUUACAUAA